CAUUGGUUGGCGCUGAGGGCAAAGAUAGGGAAAAAUUCUCAGUGCUAAAUGCAGCAAUGCUCUGUUGUUUAGGCUGUUUGUUGGUUAAUAUUAACAGAUCGUCUUUCAGAAACUAAACGACGCAGUAGUUCGGCGGACGCCGAUGACCUUGAAUGUGUUUUAAACCGCUGCUGGCAGUCUGAGGUUUCCUGCCCUGCUAUGAGCAGACGGACUGGCGGACAGGUUCAGCACUGACAGCAGACAUGAGCCGCUUUCUGAACGUCCUCCGGAGCUGGCUGGUGAUGGUGUCCGUCAUCGCGAUGGGAAACACCGUGCAGAGUUUCAGGGACCAUAGCUUCCUCUCAGAGAAGCUCUACACGGGAACACCAGAGUUUGUAAAUGGUCUCCAAGCUCGAACAUUUGGUAUCUGGACGUUGCUGUCAUCGAUCAUCCGCUGCGCCUGUGCUAUCGACAUUCAGAACAGAACGCUCUAUCACAUCACUUUAUGGACGUUCGUUCUGGCACUGGGUCAUUUUCUCUCCGAAGCAUUCAUCUAUAAAACUGCACCGCUCACUAUUGGAGUCAUGGCACCACUUAUCGUUGCAAGUUUCUCAAUUAUAGGAAUGCUGAUUGGAUUCCAGUGUUUUCCAGAGACUCAGGAAGAAGUGGGAGCGCGGCAAAAGAAGCGAAACUAGUUUCCUCCUAUUAGCCAAAUCCACCACCAGCACACGUACCGACUGUUGUAUCCAGAAGGAUGAAGCUCAUGUGAAUUAUUUACCAGACUUUGUACUUCACUCUUUACUUAAAAGUAUAUUUUAUUGUUAACAGUGCAGCUUUAAGGUUAUUUACAGUUUACUGAUUGUGAAUUAAAACGGACAAUAUUAUACUGGAUUAAGCCACAUAUAUAGUCAGUUUGUAUUCAAUUUUCUUGUCUAUUUUUCCACUUUUCCAGCAUCAUUAAUUUUCUUGAACUUCAGUUCAGAUUUACCAAAAAAACCCAUCAUAACUACACAACGAAUAACAGCGUUUCAACAGUUGUUGUAGCUGCAUUUUGGUGUUUACUUUGUGCCCUUAAGGUUUUUU